AUGCUGGACUUGAUCCACGAGUACGACCAAACGAACUACCUCUUAACGUGCCUCAUCCACAUCCAACGAGCCGACGGCGAUUUUGGCGCUGUAGAUCUUCUAGAGCCGUCCGCUGCCUUGUCAUACUUCCGAGAACUCUGCUCUUCAUUCACGGACGUUCCCCCAGACGUGAUUGACAACUUUUUCCAGGAUGUGACGCGUCUCGUUCGGUCUCAAGGGGAGCCUGCUGUCAAGGCGCAUACAGUGCUGAGGGAGGUGUCGGAGAAGGUGCAUGAGAUUUUAGUGAAGAGCAAGGGUGCGGAGGCUUGGGAUACUGCGGUUGAUGUGAUUCGGACUUUGGAUGGGGCUAUUAUUGAUUUGGCGGAUUUGGUGGAGGAGGCGGUUGGAGAGGACGAUGAUGGAAAGUUUGUUAUGUAUCAGCGGAUAAAGGAGCAGAAGGCAAAGGACCCGGGAUCGAGGACUCUAUUUGCAACAAGGCGAGGGUUCACGAACACAUUUCCGACACUGGGGCCAAGGCCAGUUCUUCUUCACACCGCGCCCGCCACCCAGUUCCACAUCGAGGCGCUCGUCCAUCAACACAGGAGACUGACUCCAACCGAAGUGUGCCUGCGCCCAAUGAUUACCGUAGUCAAGCCUGCACAACAAAGUUGGCAAGACGAGGGGGAAUCCGCGAUGUGUUGCGCCUCUCGUGUCGUGAAACUUUCUGAAGCAUACUGGUUUUUCGAACAUUCCAACGCCUAUCCAUCAACCAUGGAAUCUACAAACCCUCCCUUGAUUAUCGAUGACGUCUCCCAAUCCUUUCUUGAAGUUUGCGACCCCGUUUUUGAUGUUUAUAGCGAGGAGCUAUAUAAUUCACCCAUCUUCCCAACGGACUCCCUUGAAACGGACACCUUUGCCUCGCUCACCACCUCCGGCUUUGACAAAGAUGACCGAGCCCGCCUCACCGAUAACUACCCCAAUGCAUAUUCCGACACCUAUGGUUUGCGCAGCGGCCGAGGCUUCAUCUUCAAAACUGGUCCAGCCUGGCCUAAGGGCGAAAUACCCUAUGGCCGCCCCGUGCCGCACGAGUUGCGCCCCGUCAACGCUCACCCAAUCACGCCUGUCUGGGACGACAUCCUCACACGUAUAGAGACACGCCUUAAAGAUGAUAAGCUGCCAUUUACCGCCGUCAUGCCACUGACAUUCGCCACAGUAGGAGAGGGAGAGCCCCUUUGCCCUCUUGUGGUGGCGAUCGGUGUCGAGCCCAAAAAGGUGGCGUUCAAGGAUGCAAAGGCUGUUGCAGAGUCCGUCGAACUCAUCCUCGUCGAGGCUGGCUUCGACAACGUCGACGUCGCUAUCUGGGAAUUUGAGACCUUCCUCUCCGGCGUCAAUCUCCCAGCUCUCGACCCCGUGUUUGACGGCAGUCUCACAAAAUUUCAUCACCCAUUCACAUCCACCCUCUGCAUCCCCGUGGCCCCCCUCAAGCAUCCCAAAUGUGAGGGCACGCUUGGCCUGUUCCUUACGCGCGGUGAUGGCACUGAACUCUUGGUUUUAACCGCUGCCCACGUUGCGCGUCCCCCCACAAUGUUUCCUGAUAACAAGGGCAUGUCAUUGAAGGCAGCCAAAAGGUGCUGGGAGGAAAUAAUUGUGCUUGGGGAUGACGCCUACGCCCGUGCAAUCACGGACAUUCAACACAAGGUCAGAAGCCUCAAGAAUAGAAUUCCAACAGGAUCGAUGAGGGUCCCUUCGCUCCAAACUCGUCUAGAUAACGGCGAGGCUGAUGCUGACGGGAGAAUCCGCACUGCUAUGAGAACUGCCCAGAGGCAAGAGUCAAUUUGCAAGCUGACCAUCAGGCAACUCUACAAGCUCUACAGCUGGGUCACGCUGACUAUGUCCAUCCCCAGUAAUCGCAGCAUUGGACGGAACAAACUCGAAGAGCAAACCUUCCUGGACCUGAUGUUUCCCAACCCCAACGACCAAGAGGGCUACGAAUACCCAGAGUGGGGCCUCCUCCACAUCAGCGGCGUCGUUCCCAUGGAUGAGAUUCGCUACCCCAAGCAGCUCAACGAGAUGGGCGAACCUGCGAUGGCGGUCAUCAAGAAUGGGAGGUCUACAGGCACCACCGUUGGUUAUGUGAGCGGCUUGAAGUCCCUUGUGCGCUACUACUGCAAGGAUACCGAUAUUCAGUUCACAUCCCGCGACCUCACCAUUGUUCCUUAUGACGGUGAUCCUUUGCGCAGUGCCGGCUAUUCUGGUGACGGUGACUCAGGUUCUGUCAUCGUUGAGCGGAGUGGCCGUGUUGUUGGCUUGCUCACUGCUGGCGGCGGCCGCAGCGGCGUCGCCGACUCCACCGACGUUUCCUUUGCUACUGUAUACUGUGAGCUCGAGAAGCGCAUCAAGGAGGUCUUCCCCGGCAUCCGCCUCCUCGACUAG